GGAGCUCCAAUAUGAGGUUCAAGUUGAGCUUGGAGAUAUAAUAACAUCGCUGUCAACGAAAAGAGGUUAUUUUAACUUCAAUUAUUCUACAACCGUAUUGAAGAUUGGGCGUAUUUAUUUUCUGCCUUUUUCUUCUAGCUACCUCUACUUUCAAGCAAAUAAAUACCCAUCUUGAUAAAAUCGCAAUCAUGUCUAGAAGAUACGAUUCAAGAACUACUAUCUUCUCCCCAGAAGGACGUCUUUACCAAGUUGAAUAUGCUCUCGAAGCUAUCUCUCAUGCAGGAACAGCAUUGGGAAUAUUAGCAAAGGACGGAAUCGUAUUGGCAGCAGAAAGAAAGGUUACUAGCAAGUUAUUGGAGCAGGAUACUUCAGCUGAGAAGCUUUACAUCUUGAACGACAAUAUGAUCUGCGCAGUAGCAGGUAUGACAGCUGAUGCCAACAUCCUCAUCAAUUACGCCCGCCAAGCUGCUCAACGAUACCUCCUUACCUACAACGAAGAUAUUCCUUGCGAACAACUUGUACGUCGAUUAUGCGAUUUGAAACAAGGUUAUACUCAACAUGGUGGUCUUCGUCCCUUUGGUGUUUCAUUCAUCUAUGCAGGUUACGACCCACAGAGAGAGUUCCAAUUAUACCAGAGCAACCCUAGUGGUAACUAUGGAGGAUGGAAGGCUACAAGUGUUGGUGCAAAUAACGCUAGUGCGCAGAGUUUGUUGAAGCAGGACUACAAGGAGGAUUGUGAUCUGAAGGAGGCUUGUGGAAUGGCGGUCAAAGUGUUGAGCAAGACUAUGGAUUCUACGAAGUUGAGCAGUGAGAAGAUUGAGUUUGCGACAGUAGGAAAGAACAAGGAUGGCACCAUUUACCACCACCUCUGGGGUGCGGAUGAGAUUACGACAUUAUUGAAGGAACAUGAUUUAGCUAAGGAUGAGACUGGACCAGAUGGUGAUCGAAUAAUCAGUUAGAUAUCUCUUAAUGGUCUAAACUCAAGGACUAUGUAACAACAAUGAAUAUCUCGUCA